ACACUAAGUAAAUUACAUCACAAUGGUUUUACCUCACGAACCUGAAUUUCAACAAGCCUACAACGAAUUGGUCAGUGCUUUGCAAGACUCCACUUUGUUCGAAGAACACCCAAAAUACAAAAAGGUUAUUCCUGUUGUGUCUGUCCCUGAAAGACUCAUCCAAUUCAGAGUUGCUUGGGAAAAUGAUAAGGGUGAAAUCGAAGUUAACAAUGGUUUCAGAGUCCAAUUCAACUCGGCUUUGGGUCCUUACAAAGGUGGUUUAAGAUUCCACCCUUCUGUCAACUUGUCGAUCUUGAAGUUUUUGGGUUUUGAACAAAUCUUCAAAAAUGCCUUGACCGGUUUAUCCAUGGGAGGUGGUAAAGGUGGUUGUGAUUUCAACCCAAAGGGUAGAACUGACGCCGAAAUCAGAAGAUUCUGUGUCGCCUUCAUGAGACAAUUGGCCAGGUACAUUGGUCAGGACACCGAUGUGCCAGCUGGUGAUAUUGGUGUUGGUGGAAGAGAAAUUGGUUUCCUCUUUGGUGCUUACAAGCAAAUGCAAAACAACUGGUCUGGUAUUUUGACCGGUAAAGGUUUGUCCUGGGGUGGAUCUUUGAUCCGUCCUGAAGCUACCGGUUACGGUGUUGUCUACUACGUCGAAAAGAUGAUUGAAAAGGCCACCAACGGUAAGGAAACUUUCAAGGGAAAGAGAGUGGCCAUCUCCGGUUCCGGUAACGUUGCUCAAUACGCCGCUUUGAAAGUGAUUGAAUUGGGAGGUAUUGUGGUUUCGUUAUCUGACUCCAAGGGUGCUAUUAUCUCCAAGAAUGGUAUUACCCCCGAACAAGUUGAAGCUAUUGCCGAUGCUAAGAUCAAGUUCAAGAGCUUGGAAGAAAUCAUUGGCGAAUCUGUCUCUGCCUUCUCCGGUUCCAACUCGGUUGAAUACAAGGCUGGUGCCAGACCAUGGGUCCACGCCGGUGCAGUUGAUAUUGCUUUACCAUCUGCCACUCAGAACGAAGUGUCUGCUGAAGAAGCUAAGGCUUUGAUUGCUGCUGGAUGUAAGUUCAUUGCCGAAGGUUCUAACAUGGGUUCUACUGCCGAAGCGAUCGAUGUCUUUGAAGAAAGCAGAUCCAAGAACGUGUGGUAUGCUCCAGGUAAGGCUGCCAACUGUGGUGGUGUUGCUGUGUCUGGUUUGGAAAUGGCCCAAAACUCCCAAAGAGUUUCUUGGACCAGAGAAGAAGUCGACCAAAAAUUGAAGGACAUCAUGUACACUUGUUUCGACAACUGUUACGAGACCGCCAAGAAGUAUUCGAAGGAUACCACCGAGUUGCCAUCUUUGUUGAAGGGUGCUAACAUUGCUGGUUUCCUUAAGGUAGCAGACGCUAUGUUUGACCAAGGUGAUGUUUUUUAAUUCAUCUUAGCUAGAUAUUAUGAUUUCAUUUCUCCUGAUACAUUAAAAUGUGAAAUAAUUAUU